AUGCUGCUGCCUGGAUGUAGAGGAGGAGAGAGAGCUAGUGAUGCUGCUGCCUGGAUGUAGAGGAGGAGAGAGAGCUGCCCAAUGACAGCGCAGGAUGCUGAGAGAAGCUGCUCGGCUGAAUGGAGGCGACAAGAUGCCGUCUAGAGCGGCCAAGGAGAGGAUUUAACAUCGAUAAAGAUCUGACUUCGAUGUGUUCCACCUAUUCAUGCAAGAAAUAAGUCACCGAUGUUUAGUUCAAAGAGUCUGGUUCCGACACAUCCCCGUUAAGGACCCUUUGGUGGCUCUACCGCUGAAUCACAGGACAUGUACGGCAGUGCCAGAGCUGUAGGCCAUGUAGAGAGCAGCCCUGUACGGUCCCCGCGCCUGCCGAGGUCCCCCAGACUGGGCCACCGCAGGGCCAACAGUGGGGGUGGGGGUGGUGGGGGCAAGACGCUGUCCAUGGAGAACAUCCAAUCACUCAACGCUGCCUAUGCUACUUCCGGGCCCAUGUACCUCAGUGACCACGAGGGCGUGGGCUCCACUGCCACCUACCCAAGAGGAACUAUGACUCUGGGUCGAGCCACCAACCGAGUCAUGUACGGGGGCCGCGUCACCGCCAUGGGCAGCAGUCCCAACAUUGCUUCAGUGGGGCUGCCUCAUGCUGACCUUCUGUCUCACAGUGACCUAGGCUCUCUCUCCAUGCUGCACUCCCACCACCACCAGGGGGUGCCCUCCGCUCUGCUGAGGCAGGCUGUGCGGAGCAGUGGGGGGGAGCUGCUGGAGAUGCAGGCCCAGUUCAGGGAGAUGCAGAGGGAGAAUGAGAUUCUGCGGCGGGAGCUUGACUUGAAAGACAGUAAGUUGGGGUCCUCCACCAACAGCAUCAAGAGUUUCUGGAGUCCCGAACUGAAGAAGGAGCGAAUAAUGCGGAAGGAGGAGGCAGCUCGUACAUCCAUCCUUAAAGAACAGAUGAGGGUCACUCAUGAGGAGAACCAGCUGCUGGAUGCCAGGAGAACAAAGCAUCUACAGAUGACCAUCCAGGCUCUGCAGGAUGAACUGCGCACGCAGCGAGACCUCAACCACCUGCUGCAGCAGGAGGGCGGUAACCGCUCAGGUUCUGACCACUUCACCACUAUCGAGUUGACAGAGGAGAACUUCCGCCGGCUGCAGGCCGAACAUGACAGGCAGGCCAAGGAACUGUUCUUGCUGAGAAAGACCCUGGAGGAGAUGGAGCUGAGGAUCGAGACGCAAAAACAAACACUUGGUGCCAGGGAUGAGUCCAUCAAGAAGCUGCUGGAGAUGCUGCAGAGCAAAGGGCUGCCUCCUGGGCCGGGAAGAGCCUCUGAUGAGGAGGAGCAGGAAAGAGCCAGACGCAUCGCUGAAGCAGAGGCCCAGCUCGGUCACCUGGAAGUUAUUUUGGAUCAAAAAGAGAAAGAAAACAUCCAUCUGCGAGAGGAACUACACAGAAGAAAUCAGCUGCACCAGGAUCCAAGCAAAACCAAAGCCCUUCAGACUAUUAUAGAGAUGAAAGACACCAAAAUUGCCUCUCUGGAGCGCAACAUUCGAGACCUGGAGGAUGAGAUUCAAAUGCUGAAGGCAAACAGCUUACUGAACACAGAGGACAGAGAGGAGGAGAUCAAACAGAUGGAGGUCUACAAGAACCACUCUAAGUUUAUGAAAACCAAGAUUGACCAGCUGAAGCAGGAGUUGUCAAAGAAAGAGUCAGAGCUGCUGGCUCUGCAAACAAAGCUCGAGACCCUCAACAACCAGAACUCCGACUGCAAACAGCAUAUCGAAGUUCUCAAAGAGUCUCUCACUGCCAAGGAGCAACGUGCUGCCAUCCUGCAAACGGAGGUGGAUGCUUUACGUCUGCGUCUGGAAGAGAAAGAGUCCUUCCUGAACAAGAAAACAAAGCAGCUGCAGGACCUGACAGAGGAGAAGGGAACUCUCGCCGGAGAAAUCAGGGACAUGAAGGACAUGCUGGAGGUCAAGGAAAGGAAGAUUAAUGUCCUGCAGAAGAAGAUUGAGAACCUGCAGGAGCAGCUGCGGGACAAAGACAAGCAGCUGGGGAACCUGAAGGACCGAAUCAAGUCCCUACAGACCGAUUCCAGUAACACAGACACUGCCCUGGCCACCCUGGAGGAGGCGCUGUCAGAGAAGGAGAGAAUUAUUGAGCGUUUAAAGGACCAAAGGGAGAGGGAAGACAGGGAACGUCUGGAAGAAGCAGACUCAUAUAAGAAGGAGAACAAAGACCUGAAGGAGAAAGUCAACAGCCUGCAGAUUGAAUUAACAGAGAAGGAGUCCAGUCUCAUCGAUCUCAAAGAACAUGCAUCAUCCUUGGCAUCUUCUACCCUUAAGAAGGAUUCAAAGCUCAAGUCUCUGGAGAUUGCCAUUGAGCAGAAAAAAGAGGAGUGUAGUAAGUUGGAGACGCAGUUGCAGAAGCAAGCUGAGCAGCUAUUCAGUCAGAUGAACAAUCCUAAGGCUCACGAGGUGGAGCAUCAGUCGGGCUCCAGAGCCAACCCGGAGUACGUGGACCGGGUGAAGCUGCUAGAAAAGGAGGUGAGCUACUACAAAGACGAGGCAGGCAAGUCUCAGGCAGAGGUGGAGAGACUCCUGGACAUCCUGCGGGAGGUGGAGACGGAGAAGAAUGACAAGGACAAGAAGAUUGCCGAGUUGGAAAGCCCCCCUCCCACUGCCCCACGCCCCACCCCUCGUCCCGGUGGCAGAGCCCCCCCUGACCCGCUCCCUUCUGUGUCCGCUGCCCCCCAGCAGAUAGGGGGCAUGGUGUGGGAUUUCCUGGGAAAGCAAGGAGGCAAAGAUCAGACUAAGAAGGGACCAAACAUCAAACUGGGAACACAAGGGGACAAGAAAGGGUUAGGACAAGACUCUCGUAAGGACAGCUCCUUAGACGGUGGUCACCAUGUAAAGCUGGAGGAGCUGAUGAACACACUGGAAAGGACGAGACAGGAGCUGGAUGCCACCAAGCAGCGUCUCUCCUCCACGCAGCAAUCUUUACAGGAGAGGGACACCCAUCUCACGAACAUGAGGCAAGAGCGCAGGAAACAGCUGGAGGAGAUCCUUGAAAUGAAGCAACAAGCUUUGCUUGCAGCCAUCAGUGAGAAAGACGCUAACAUUGCACUGCUGGAACUGUCUGCCUCCAAUAAAAAGAAAACUCAGGAGGAGGUGCUGUCCCUCAAGAGGGAGCGGGACAAACUGAUGCACCAGCUCAAGCAACAUACACAAAGCAGAAUGAAGCUGAUAGCUGACAACUAUGAAGAUGAGCAAUAUCACCCACAUAUUCCUCACCACCAGCCUCAGCCUCCUCACGCUCAGCCUCAGCCCCAGCCCCAGUACCCCCACCCACCCCAUGCCCAGCAAUCUCCUUAUGCCCCGCAUGCCCCGCACCCACAGCACCUGCAGCACCCACAGGCCCCACCGCAGCACCCGCAUCCGCAGCAACCUCAGCCCCAGUACCCUCACCCUCAGCACUCUCAGCACCCUCAGCAUCCUCAACCCCUUCCCCAGCUCCAACAACACCCUCGCCCCCCACAGCCUCAGCACUCUCAUCAACAGCACCCCCAGCAUCCACCACAGCACCCACAUGGACACGCCCCUCCGCAGCACCCCCACCCUCAGCACCCACAUGGGCCUCCCCAGCAAGGACUGCAUCCCCAGCAUCCGCACCCUCAGCAUCCUCAGCACCCUCAGCACCCCCAGCAUCCUCAGCACCCCCAGCAUACUCAGCACCCCCAGCACCCUCAGCACCCCCAGCAUCCACCACAGCACCCACACGGACACGCCCCUCCGCAGCACCCUCACCCUCAGCACCCUCAGCAUCCUCACCACACCCAGCACCCGCGUCAUCCAUCGCCCCACCAUCGAGGAGGGCCGGCCCGAGGACCCCCACAUGCUGGUCACCGACCCGCUCCAGACCAGGAUGACGAGGAGGGCAUCUGGGCAUGAUUUUAGCUGCGACAACCAAAGCUUUAAUGUUGAUUUGGGGGAUGAUUCAGUCACUACUGGAGGAGCAUGGCCAUGGCAUAGUGUCAAAACAUCACCCAACUAAACAUUUGAUAUCUUCAGUCAGUCAGUACUUCUGAGAUGUGGGACCUUUGGUUUUGUUUUAUUGUUGUUUGUUUUUUCUCUCUGGGGGAGAGUAGGAGCCACUCGGAGGUGCAGAUUCUGCAUGGAGUGAUAGCUGAGCAGGUGACGCGGUGCCUCCUCUUUGUGCUAACAGGAGGAGACAUCCUCCACUUCCUUUACAAAUAAUCCAAAACUUGAUGUUGAUGGAAAGACGGAUGUUCUCUGCACCAAACUGUUUAUUUGACAGACAUGUGAUCAACAUGGCAGCCUCAAAUCAGAGGUCUCACCGAGGUCACCUCACCUGUCUGUCAGCUGCUGAACGAGCCUUCAUCCUCCCAGCAGAGAUCACGUUCCACCAGUGCAGUAUUGUGUAGAACCUUUGACUGUUCAAAACCGUGGUUGUCUUGCUGACAGUUUCACCUGCCUGACUCACUCCUCUGGCUCCAUUCGGCUCAUCCACUGGACUCCGUCACGGUUUCCUAAGCCUUCACUGGUUUCCUAAGCCUUCACUGCCCUCCUGGCCCACCUGGUGACAUCUGGCCCCUCUCCCUGGCUAUCAUGGUCCUCUAUGUUACUUCACACAUGCCUGUGUUCAUGUCUAAUCGGUUUCUUAAUAUCAUUAUGGCUUGAUCUGCAUUUCCCACAUACAGCAUUUUUUAUUUUGUUUUUUAUUUCUUGUUUUCACAAGGAAACACAUUGGGCUAGCUGAUAAAGCACCCCGAGCCUUGCCUCCAGCAUUUCCUUGGCUGCAUGAGUGCAAGACUCAAAUUUUUGGGCUAGUUUUAACCUCAAGGCCGUGGCUGUCAUCAACAUAUUUUUUCUACAUGUUACCUCAUUUAAAUCAUAAGUAGUCAAAAAAAACAAAAACAAAAAAAAUCUAUGCAGAUGUCAAAAUUGAGGGAAUGCAUUUCUUUUAUUUUCCAUAUGUGUCUAACUCAAAUUAAAUUACAAUUAAUCAUCCAAUCAGAGUGGCCAAGACAGUGGUCAGAAAUCAGAUUAUAUUGAUUUUCUGAGACUAUGCACCUAUGCACCUCCUCCGUGUUGCAGGAAUUUUUACUUAUGGUGCUUCUGCUGGUGCUCGCAUUAAAUUGUGUCAGAAGACCUAAUAGGAGCAUAUUAGAGUCCUUUUACAGUGAAAGGAACUUGAUUCCACUAUGGGCUCAUAUAAAAACUGUAAAGCUUUGUACAUAUGAUUUGACAAAAGGGGGCUUUGUGAGCAGCGGUCUGGGCGUCACCACAUUUCCUCAAGGAAUGCUGCUGCUAUAGGCAUCAUUAUAGACUAUGAAGGGGAGGAAGUGUCCAGGAAAUGUUUUCCCUGAAGGUGUAAUUGUACAAUUGACAUCCAAGUCUCCGACCUAGAGUGUGUUUCUGCUCCCAUCUCCCAUGAACUCUUCCAACAGUAGUCUGUACGACCUCCCCCAAAAAUAGUGAAUUGUUUAUUUCUUCUGAACAAAGUGGCCUGUGCCUAGUAAAAUCUGUACACAUGAUAGAUAUGCAUAUAUUAUACAUAUAGAGAGAAAUUUAGAGUGUGUCUAUAUGUGCUCAGAAAAAAAUGGAUGAGAAAAUGAUAAGAUAUACUAUGUUUUUUCUUCUUAUUUUUCUAACUGGUUGGAGGUCAGAGAUAUCUUAUUUAGAGAGUUGAGUGGUGUGAUUUCCAUCUGAUCGGUAUGUUGUGAGAAAACCCCUCAGCAGCAAGUAAACAUUCCCUGUCUGAAAAUACUGGACAGUAC